GUUUUAUCCAUGAUUCAAUUACGUUUUAUUUUAUUUUAUUUAUUAUAUCAAUCGAAUAUUAUAAUACAAUCAUUAUUAACAACAUAGUUUGAAUCAAAUAGAUCCAUAUUAGUUUAUCAUCCUAUUACCCACUCUCCUUAAUUGUUGAUUAAUUUUCAUUACACUUUCCUUAACUUUAUUGAAUUUCUUAUCUAUAAAAUUCACAUCAAUCCUUUUUCAGAGAUCACUUCAAAUCACUUCAAAUCAACUUCCACAUCAACUCCAAAAUGUUGUCCAAAUCAAUUUUGUUUUUCAUUUCUGCCUAUUUAUCAAUCAACUUAUCCAAUGCACUUCCAAUUCCUGAAUCAGAUCGCCAUCAUCACAACGAUCACCACCUCCACAAAGAGUCUAAAAGAGAUACUGGAACCUGUUCAUUUCCAGACGACUUGGGUUUAGUCGCUGUUAACAAAGAUGGCACAGGUAAUGGUUGGGCCAUCUCAAAGGAUGUAACUUGCAAAGCUGGUUCAUACUGUCCCUACGCCUGCCCUGAAGGUUACCUUAGUGCUCAAUGGGAUCCUUCUGCUACUUCUUAUUCUUAUCCUGAAAGCCAAUAUGGUGGCCUUAAAUGCAACUCAGAUGGCACUCUCUCAAAACCUUUCAGCAACAAGCCUUACUGCUAUAAAGGCAAAGGGACCUUAAAAGUUAACAACAAAAUUGGUAAAAAUGUUGCCAUUUGCCAAACUGUUUUGCCUGGAAACGAAGAGAUGCUAAUUCCAACCAAUGUUGGUGGUGGCAGCACUCUGACCUUAGCUGUUCCUGGCACUGAAUAUUGGGCUAGCACUGCUGCUCAUUACUAUAUCAAUCCCCCUGGGGUUUCAACUGACGACGCCUGUACCUGGGGAUCCACCAAAAAUCCUUAUGGUAACUGGUCUCCAUUUGUUGCUGGUGUCAAUAUGGACGACAGUCAAAACACUUUUGUUAAAAUUGGCUGGAACCCCAUCUGGUUAGAGGACUCUUCUCCUUACAAAAACACUAAGCCAUCCUUUGGUAUCAGAAUUGUCUGUGAAGAUGAAAGCAAAUGCAAUGGUUCAGGUUGUGAAAUCAACCCAAGCAAAGUCGAGGUCAAUGGUAUUUCAAAGGGUUUGUCUUCUACUGGUGCUGGUGGUGCCAAUUUCUGUGUUGUUACUGCUGAACAGGGCUCAACUGCUAAAAUUGAGGUAUUUGAUAUUUAAACUCAUAGAUAUUUGUUUUUGUAUUAUAUUUUGCUGCAAUUUUUCUUUUUCUUCUUCUUCUUUUUCUCCUUUUUUUAUAUAUAUAUAAAUUAGGAUCUAUUAUUUAGUUCAAAUAUAAAG